AUGCGAUGCAUACUAUUAUACGGGUUCCUGUGUGUCUGGCAACAUCUGUACUACAGCCAUCCAAUAAGUAUUGAAAAAAUCCAGGCUGACACCAAAACUUUAACCAAGACGAUCAUCACCAGAAUAAUACAACUUUCAAAUAGGAAUGGAGUUUCUACAGAUCAGAGGGUCAGCGGGUUGGAUUUCAUCCCAGGUAAUCAACAAUUCCAGAAUUUGGCUGACAUGGAUCAAACUUUGGCGGUUUAUCAGCAGAUCCUCUCCAGUCUGCCUAUGCCUGACAGGACGCAAAUAUCAAAUGAUCUGGAGAACCUCAGGUCUCUUUUUGCCCUAUUGGCCACUUUGAAGAACUGCCCCUUCACCAGGUCAGAUGGUCUGGACACAAUGGAAAUUUGGGGAGGAAUAGUGGAAGAAUCCCUCUAUUCCACCGAGGUGGUGACUUUGGACCGGCUUCGAAAAUCUCUAAAAAACAUAGAGAAACAACUGGAUCAUAUUCAGGGUUGCUGA